ACCAAACUCCAGCCUUGAAGCGCGUCCCCCGUUCGCUCGGCUCUUCCACCGCGGCUCCUCGGUUCGCACGUUUGGAUUUUCUCUGAACUUUCGCGUUUGUUUGUUUGUUUGUUCGUUCCGUUCGUUCGUUCGGGACCCGCUCCAUUUCGGAAUUACUGUCGCGGAUUCGGGAUUCGUCGGAUAAAGCUGCAGAGGAGGAGGGAGGAGAGGCGACGAGUUGGAAUCAGCGUUCAGCCAUGGAAGUUCCUGGUAUGCAGAGCACUCAGAUCGACCCGGAGGAGCUGUUCACAAAAUUAGACCGAAUCGGAAAAGGAUCAUUUGGAGAGGUGUUCAAAGGCAUCGACAAUCGCACACAGAGCGUCGUGGCCAUAAAGACGAUCGACCUGGAGGAGGCGGAGGACGAGAUCGAAGACAUUCAACAGGAAAUCACCGUCCUGAGUCAGUGUGAGAGUCCCUACAUCACCAAGUACUACGGAUCCUACUUAAAGGGCAGUAAACUAUGGAUCAUCAUGGAGUAUCUCGGAGGAGGAUCAGCGCUGGAUUUGUUACGAGCCGGACCCUUCGACGAGACUCAGAUCGCCACCAUGUUGAAGGAGAUUCUGAAGGGGCUGGACUACCUCCACUCGGAGAGGAAGAUCCACCGCGACAUUAAAGCGGCUAACGUGCUUCUGUCGGAGCACGGGCAGGUGAAGCUGGCGGACUUCGGCGUCGCCGGGCAACUCACGGACACUCAGAUCAAGAGGGAGACGUUUGUGGGGACGCCGUUCUGGAUGGCCCCCGAGGUCAUCCAGCAAUCUGCCUACGACUCCAAGGCCGACAUCUGGUCGUUGGGCAUCACCGCCAUCGAGUUGGCGAAAGGCGAACCGCCGAACUCGGACAUGCACCCGAUGAGAGUCCUGUUCCACAUCCCCAAAGCCCCGCCCCCCACGCUCGCCGGAGACUUCUCCAAGAGCUUCAAGGAGUUCACCGAGUCCUGCCUCAACAAGGACCCGGCGUUUCGUCCCACGGCCAAAGAGCUGCUGAAGCACAAGUUCAUCGUGAAGUACUGCAAAAAAACGUCGUAUCUGAGCGAACUGAUCGACCGAUACAGGAGGUGGAAGGAAGAAGGACACAGCGACAGCAGCUCCGACGACUCAGACAGUGAAUCCAGUAACAAAGAGAACAACCCGUCCCCGGAGUGGUCCUUCACGACGGUGAGGAAGAAGAAACCCAAAGGCAUCAGCGUCCUGAACGGAUCGACUCCGGAGCAUAAAUCGACCAGCCUCGCCACAGUCAUCUCCCCAGUCUUCACCGAGUUGAAGCAGCAGCACAAGGAGCACUCGGAGCAGAGGAUGGCCAUCGAGGAGCUGGAGAGGAACAUCCGACUGGCUGAAGACGUUUGUCCAGGGAUCACAGACAGAAUGGUCACUCACAUCCUCGCCAGAUUCACAAAUAACUGAUGUUGGCGUCCUGGGUUUGUCAGAGACUGUUUUUUUGGGACGUGUUUGGAGAUUUUGCUGUGCGGAGUCUCGUCUGGUUGUACACACUUCUGUACUAUACACACUUUAUAUUUGAAGUCUGUUUAAUCACUGCUGCUGGUUUUUCUGACUGGGAUCCACCUUUAAAAACCAAAUCACAAAAUUAUAUCAUACUUUUUAUUCUCUGUAUUUAUGUUCAAAGUGAUGAAGCUGCACAGAUCUUUGUACUGAAGCCGGCAGAGUGGGUUUAUAUUUCAGUCGUGUCACGCUUUCACAAAAUUAUUUUAUCAGAGUUUUAUAAGAUACAACAGUCAUAAUAAUUUAGGAUAAAAUUACAUGAUUAUUAUUAUUUUUUUGUAUAUUUAUUUGUUAAAUUAUCCACUUUAUUAUUUUUUUUUAUUUUAGAUUUUUUUUAGCUUUUUUUUUAGCUUUCUCCCGUGUUCUUACGUUGUUCCCUCAUCGUUCUAGAGUCACCCGUGCGUGUUUGAGUAAUCUAGUGAUCUCUCCCGGGUGAGAUUCAGUACGAGGCUCCGCCCACGAGCCCACGUCCUUCACGCGACUCGAGAAUUCGCUAUAAAAAUACAAAAACGCGACACAAACCUGAUGCGGUGUGCGGUCGUUUCGUUACCGGGGUGCAGGCUGAUUGUGUUGUGGCAGCGCUCUGAAGGGGGAGUGAGUUAGCAGAGAGAGCAAAGGCAAGCAAAAAUCAAAGUGAAACUUGAAAAAUGUGUUAAUGCGUUCUCGUUUACGCGUAGGAUUGAGCCUAGCGUCGUCGUUUUGGUCCAAAUGUUAAAAAAAACAACAACUCUGCUCUAGUGGGAUCCUGGUUUACAUCCUGGUUUAGAUCCUAGUCUUGGCCCUGGUCUAGUUCCUGUUUUAUCUUAAUCUUGGUCUCAAUCCUGGACUUGCUCUUGGUCUAGAUCCUGUCCUAAAUCCUGUUCUAGAUCCUGGAUUUGCUCCUGGUCUAGAUUUUAGUCUUAAAAGCAGGAUUAAGACCAGGGUUUACUCUGGUCUUAAUCCUGGUCUAGACCCUAGUCUUGAUCCUGGUUUAGAUCCUGGCCAAGGUCCUAGUCUUGCUCCUGGUCUAGAUCAUAGUCUUGAUCUCGGUUUUAAUCUUGAUCUCGAUCCUGGGCUCAAUCCUGGUCUUGCUCCUAGCCUAGAUCCCAGUCUUAAUCCUGGUCUCAGUUCUGGUUUAAUUUCUGGUCUCGAUCCUGGUUUUGGUCCUCAUUUAGAUCCUGGUCUCGAUGAUGGUCUAGAUCCUGGUCUAGAUCUUGGUCUAGAUCCUGGUCUUGCUCCUCAUAUAGAUCCUGGUUUAAAUUCUGGUCUAGAUCCUGGUCUUGCUCCUCAUCUAAACCCUGGUCUUAAUCCUUGUUUAGAUUCUGGUUUAGAUCUUGGCCUUGCUCCUGGUCUAGAUCCUGGUUUAAAUUCUGGUCUAGAUCAGGGUCUUGAUCGUAGAUACUCGUAGGAUUGGGCAGCGUCGUGUCGUUGUUUUGGUCCAAAUGUAAAAAAAAUAAAAUGCUCUUAGUCCUGGUUUAGUCCUGGUUUAGUCCUGGUUCGGUCCUGGACACCACAGUUUUAUUAAAUCAUUUUAGAUGAAUAUUGUGACUUAAAACGUCCAAAUUAAAACCGAACGAUCCACAAAGUCACAGAUUAUAACUAUCAACACAAAUAAUUCUAAUUUAAAAAUAUUUUCCAUCACUAAAUUCACAAUAUUUUUUAAAACAAACUGUAAAAAUGAAGUCGUUCGUCUUGUAUCUUGUAUAAAACCGUUGUUGUUUGAAGCGUGACCGGCUCAAACACCGACCCGCUCUGCCGCCGUCUCUUCGGUUUCACUUAAGGGCUCGAGUUUGGACUUUAAACUAUGAAAAGUGCCUUAACUGAUUUCUGCUGUACAUGCUUUUAUUUUGACAGGACGCGGCGGCGGGAGAGCUUCCUGUCCGCGUUCGUGUCGUGUAGCCGUUUAGCACUUGAGAAAUGCCAAUAACGUUGUUGUUUUUGUAAAUGAAAAUCGAACUUUUGUGUGUGUGCUCCUUUUUUGGAAAUUCUGACCAAAGACCAAUUUCAUAAAAAAAAAAUAAUAAUAAUAAUAACACAGUGAAAACACGUUAAAAGAUAAUGCGAGUUUAUGCUUUUUGUUGGAUUUUUUUGUUACUUAAAGCUACCAUCUGUAACUUUUUUUUGUUUAUAUAUACUAGAAACCUCACCUGACCCCGCCCCUCACCUGGUCCUGUUCCUGUUUUUAAGUUUUUUUUUUUAAUUUCAACAUUGAGAUAGUUUUUACGUCUCAUAGAAAAGACAAAAUACUAAAUUUUUAACAUCAUAAAUUAGAACGGUUUGCACAAAUGUACAAAAUAUAAAUGGAAAUUAAAUCAGGGGAUCAAUAUUUUUAGUAAAAACAGGAAGAUAAUUAAAGCAACAGUGUGAAACUUUUCUGAAAAGGUUUCACACUGUAGCUUUUUCCUCACCUGGCCCCUCCCCUGUUUUUUUUUUUUCUGACUUACCUGGCCCCUCCCCCCUCACCUGGCCUUUUUUAGACUCACCUGUCCCCUCCCCACUCACCUGUCCCCUCCCCUGUCUCCAUCCCUCACCUGGUUCCUUCCCUCACCUGUCCCCUCCCCCUUCCCUCACCUGGCC